AAACCUCUGUCUCUCUCUCUCUCGCCGGCUGCUUAAUUCCAUUUCCUCAUUUUCGCCAGCCCAUCAUCAUCCUCUUCCCAAAUACUCCUUUAAAUCCCUCUUCUUUGGAUGACUCAGUCAUCUCUUCCAUUUUCAUUUUUUUUUUCCUUUUCAAAUAAUUUUUUAAUUCACAAAACUUAGCAACCUCUCUCUCUCUCUCUCUCUUCGUAUUCCUCUUCGUUCGAUUUGUUCUGUUGUUUGAUGGCGAAAUUAUCGCAGCAGAAAAACAAUGCACAGAAUGGUGCUGGAAACAGUACGACUGGAAAUAAUACUGGAGUUACCAAAGUGAAACGUACGCGGAGAAGUGUCCCUAGGGAUUCUCCGCCUCAACGUAGCUCGAUUUACAGAGGUGUCACCAGGCAUCGAUGGACAGGACGAUACGAAGCUCAUUUGUGGGACAAGAAUUGCUGGAACGAAUCGCAGAACAAGAAAGGCAGACAAGUCUAUCUCGGCGCUUAUGAUGAUGAAGAAGCUGCUGCUCACGCUUACGACUUGGCAGCACUCAAGUACUGGGGAGAAGAUACUAUUCUUAAUUUUCCGUUAUCCACAUACCAAAAGCAACUCAAGGAAAUGGAAGGUCAGUCCAGAGAAGAAUAUAUUGGAUCGUUAAGAAGAAAAAGCAGCGGUUUCUCCCGCGGGGUUUCGAAAUACAGAGGCGUUGCACGACAUCACCACAACGGGAGAUGGGAAGCUCGAAUUGGCAGAGUGUUUGGCAACAAAUACCUUUAUCUCGGCACAUACGCAACGCAAGAAGAAGCAGCUACGGCAUAUGAUAUGGCUGCUAUAGAAUAUCGAGGAUUGAAUGCGGUGACCAAUUUUGACUUAAGCCGUUACAUAAAAUGGCUUAAACCUAGUCCGGACGACAAACAAUCAAGUAAUACUCACUACCCCGAUACAAAUUCUAUUUCAAAUACACCGCCAAACCCUAAUCCCGAAGUUAAAUUAAGCAACUUCUUUCACAAGCAAUCAACAAACAGUCCAGAUAAUAAGACAACUAGUGUUACUAGUGAACACCAAUAUCAAGCUUUAUUAACCCAACAUCGCCAACCAACAACCGCUACUUCGGCCCUGGGACUGUUGCUUCAAUCUUCCAAAUUCAAAGAGAUGAUGGAAAUGACAUCAGCAGCCGAUUAUCCAUUAAGCUCGUUAGAGUCCGAUGAAUGCAGUCAACAAUCUCGACAGUGCAGCUUUCCUGAUGAUAUACGAACUUAUUUCGAUUCAACUAGCUACGGAGAAGGGGAAGACAUUAUUUUUGGCGAGCUCAACACGCUCGUGCCGACCAUGUUUCAAAGCGAUUUCGAUGAAUAGGAAUUUAAUACAUGUUAUGCAACGUAGCCGAUUAAUUAAGUUAAUUAAUUGAAUUAAUUAAUAACUUUAUUUUGUUAUUAAGCCUUUUUGUUCAUACUCAAUGGGACCUUAACGGGUUUCUUUCGAGCUUAAUGAUUAAUUUGGAAGGGGAUGAAGGACA